CAAACAAAGGUAAGGAGGCAAGGCCACGAACAUCAUCAAGACAUCAACUUCCUCUCCUUUCACUCAACUCAACCGCUCUCCUCCUCUUCUCUAUAAGAUGAAUUAAAGACUCUCUCUCGCUCUAAUAAAUUCAAUCACGGGUCAGUUUUUUAAAUGCUUCUUUGAGGGUGAGAGAGAGUUUUCGAAGGCCCCAGACCCUGCCUCUCUUUCUUUCUCUGUUUUCUCUUGGAUACACAAACACGGUGGUUUUUAGAAAGAGAGACUACUGGAUCAAGAGGCGAAAGAUCAAAACAAAUUGUGGGUGUUGGUGGGUUUUUGAGAAUCUUGUUGGAGAAAGAGCUGUUGGUUUAGUUGUAAAAAGUUGAACAAGACUACUUGAAAAAGGAAACAAGAUAUGUUUGGUGGGUACUGUGAGUGCUUUUGUUGGAGCAACCAAGAUUUUUAUGAUGAUGAUUUCUACUUGCCAGACCCUCAACCUUUCUCUUUGCCUGCACCUCUUCCUAAAUGGCCUCAAGGUCAAGGAUUCGCUGCUGGAAGAAUAAAUUUAGGAGAAAUUGAAGUCGCCAAGAUUACCAAAUUUGAGAGUGUUUGGAGCUGUGGUCUACUACGUGGAAAAUCAAAAGGGGUAUCAUUUUAUCGGCCUGUUGGGAUCCCUGAAGGUUUUCACUGCCUUGGUUACUAUUGUCAGUCCAAUGACCAGCCUCUGAGAGGAUACGUUCUUGUAGGUUGUGACUCCAAUGCCCACAAGCCUGAAGUUGGCCAUAUCCAUGACUCAGAGGUAGACUCUCCUCUUAGAAAGCCGCUUAACUACUCCUUGAUUUGGGGUUCGAAUUCAGAGAAGAAUGGUGGUGGUGGUGGUUACUUUUGGCUGCCAAAUCCCCCAGAAGGUUACAAGGCUAUGGGCAUUGUGGUCACUAACAAUCCAGAGGAGCCUAAAGUUGAAGAAGUUAGAUGUGUUCGAGCUGAUCUUACUGAAAGAUGUGAAACCAGCGAUCGAAUAAUUUCCUCGGAUUCAAAAUCUUCCAAUCCAUUUGAGGUUUGGAACACAAGACCCCACAGAAGGGGAAUGUUUGCCAAAGGUGUUUCUGUUGGGACAUUCUACUGCAAUGCGUACUUGAGUUCUGAUGAGGUACUAACAGAUAUUGCAUGCUUGAAGAAUCUUGACCACUCUCAGCCUGCAAUGCCAAAUCUGGACCAGGUUCAUGCACUAAUUAAGCAUUAUGGCCCUACUGUGUUUUUCCAUCCAGACGAAGAUUGCUUGCCCUCUUCAGUGCAAUGGUUCUUCAAAAAUGGAGCCCUUCUGUACCAAGAUUGCGGGCAGAAGUGUGAACCUAUUGAUCUUAGGGGCUCAAACUUGCCCAGCGGAGGGGAAAAUGAUGGUAAAUUUUGGAUAGAUUUGCCAGUUGAUGAUGCUGCCAGAAAUGAUGUCAUAGCCGGAGAUUUAGAGAGUGCUGAGCUUUAUGUUCAUGCAAAGCCAGCAUAUGGGGGGACUUUUACUGAUAUUGCUAUGUGGAUAUUUUGUCCUUUCAACGGACCAGCCACCCUUAAAAUUGGUCUUAUGACUAUACCAAUGACCAAGAUAGGACAACAUGUGGGUGACUGGGAGCACUACACCCUUCGUGUAAGCAACUUCACUGGAGAACUAUGGCAAGUCUUCUUCUCAGAACACAGUGGGGGUCGAUGGGUGGAUGCUUCAGAUUUGGAAUUCAUUGAAGGUAAUAGGCCAGUUGUUUACUCCUCAAAACAUGGUCAUGCUAGUUUCCCACACCCUGGGACUUACCUUCAAGGAUCAACAAAGCUUGGAAUUGGAGUGAGAAAUGAUGUUGCUCGGAGCAAAUAUUAUGUGGAUUCGAGCUUAAAGUAUCAGCUUGUUGCAGCUGAAUAUCUUGGCGAUGGAGUUGUUACAGAACCAUGCUGGUUGCAGUAUAUGAGAGAAUGGGGCCCAACCAUUGUGUAUGAUUCGCGAUCUGAAAUAGAUAAGAUACUUGAUCAUCUCCCAUUUUUUGUUCGAUUUUCAGUGGAGAACCUCGUUGACUUGUUUCCAACAGAGCUUUAUGGUGAGGAGGGGCCAUCUGGACCGAAGGAAAAAUAUAACUGGGUGGGAGAUGAAAUAUGCUAGCCAAGGGCCAUACAAAGACUUGUUGGCUUACUAGCCUUCCUGCUAUUCUUUGUCUAUACUUGUUGAUAGAGGGUUCGCAGAGGGAUAGCGUCUGCUUUUGCAGAAUGCGUCACCUGGCGACGUUUUCCACAGCACUUCACUAUUAGCAACGCUUUGCUUGUGACAAAGGCAAGAAAGAUUUAGUUUUUGCCUUUAAUGUAAUGAAGUCCACUCAUUACCUUCCAGUGUGUGAUUUACCUUGCUACCUGUAGGUAUGCUUUGUAAAAUGUAGAGGCAGCAAAAAAUGUGUUGAGGUGCAGCCAGGUUUGAUCUUGGAGUGUCAUUUUCCACGAAAUGUGAAGAAUUUGUCAAUCCGUAUGUGAAAGGGGUUCGGGGAGUGGGGACCAGUAAAUUUAGUGAUACCGUGCUAUGCACUUGUUAGUUAUGAUUGUGAAGAUGAUGGAUGUAUUUUAUCACAGUAACCUUGCCAUGUCUAUGAAAAGAAAGGUUUACCA